AUGAAAGCAUUUCAAUACAAAAAAGCCGAAACAGGUUUGCAGCUGUGCGAUCUGCCCAUCCCAGAACCUGGCCCUGAAUACGUCCAAAUUCAGGUCAUGGCCGCUGGAAUGUGUCAUUCAGACUGCCAUAUUCUCACCGGCCAGAAAGACCAUUGGUUCAAGAACCUGCCGCUCACCUUUGGUCAUGAAGUUGCCGGGAUCAUCACCCAACUCGGCUCGUCAGCGAGCGGCGAGUUUCGGGUAGGCGACAGAGUUGCCGUCUGCCACAUCUGUCAUCCGAUAGAAGAACGCCACUGGGACCUUAGCAUUGGCCUUGGGUUCGACGGUGGCUAUGCCGAGUAUGCAGUUGCGCCCACGAAGCGGGUCAUCAAAAUCCCCGACAACGUGUCCUUUGCCCACGCAGCUGUGGCCAUGGACGCAUUGGCCACGUCCUAUCAUGCGGUCGUCACUGAGGCCGAGGCCAGACCCGGAAGAACCAUUGGCGUCAUCGGCCUUGGCGGCUUGGGAAUGGCAGGACUCCAUUUCGGCACCAUCAAGGGGGCCAGCGUGUAUGGAUUCGACACCCAGAAAGACAAGUUCCAUGAAGCCAGGCAGCUGGGAGCAAGUGGGUGUUUUGUGACUGUUAGGGAUGCCAAGAGUGUUGUGUUUGAUACAAUCGUCGACUUUGCCGGCGUUGGAGUCACCACGGCAGCGGCUGUGAACGCCGUAAAGCGAGGCGGUAAGGUCGUGGUUGUUGGCUUGGGCGUCUCUACGAUUCCCGUUCCGGUCGAGCCUUUGAUCCUAAACUCGGUGACUAUCGUCGGAUCCCUUGGGGCACACUUGAAUGACACACAAGAUGUUCUAGCGCUGUUGGAGCAAAAGAAGAUUGACCCGCUGUUGGUUGAGGUCCCCUUUCUUGAUAUUCCUGCGAGCUUGGAUCUUUUAGCUAAAGGGUAUGUUAAGGGAAGACUGUGGGCAGACCCAAGCAAGGGGGCUGAUUAG